AUGGAGUCCAGAGUUCCUCACCACAUCCCCGGAGUGUCAUCCUCCCUCAUAUCUCCACCCCUGUUGGACAGCCGGGUGCCCUACGGCCGUCUCCAACACCCUCUCACAAUUUACCCGAUCGACCAGAUAAAGUCGUCGCACGUGGAGAACGACUACAUCGACAGCCCCGCCGUGGUGUCCCAGCAGCCCCCGAGCCAGAAGUCCGCGAACCGGAGAAUUACUUGGCUGAGCCAGAAUCAAGAGGCCUUCCUUGGGGCGAACCACAACCACCAUCACAAUCACCAACAUCAGCCCCACCAGCAGCUCAGAUGUGAGCCCCAGUCUCACCAGGAUAGCACCACCCACCCGUGGAUUUCCUUCAGCGGUAGGCCCAGCUCCAUCAGCAGCAGCAGCAGCACCUCGUCCGAUCAGAGGUUGUUGGACCACGCCGCGCCCACACCAACAGUGGACCACCACCCAAACUUGCACCCUCACCAUGGCCCCGUCAACACAAUCAUUACCCGAACUCCAGGCUGCUUCACUUCCUCCGAAUCUAAAGUCCUUAGCUCUUCGUCCUCUGCCUCUUCUUCCUGCUCCUCUUCUUCUAAAUCCCUGGACCUCAAGUCUUCAAAGAUUCCGGCAGGAGGUGUGUGCUCCAACGGGGGUCAGCAAGGUUUGGCACUGAUACCUUCCUCCCCGACCGAGAAGAAGCACCUCGUUCUUUGCGAGCACUGCGGGAAGUGUCGAUGCACUGAGUGCACGCUCCCCCGAACCUUACCUUCUUGCUGGGUCUGCAACCAGGAGUGCCUGUGCUCUGCUCAGAGCCUGGUGGACACGGCCACCUGCAUGUGCCUGGUCAAAGGGAUCUUCUACCACUGCACCGAGGACGAGGACGACGAGGGCUCCUGCGCCGACAAGCCCUGCUCCUGUUCCCAGGCCAACUGCUGUGCCCGCUGGUCUUUCAUGGCCGCCGUCUCUCUCGUCCUACCCUGCCUGGUCUGCUAUCUACCAGCCAUGGGUCUGGCCAAACUGGGACAGAAGUGUUAUGACAAUGUUAGUAGGCCUGGCUGCCGAUGCAAGAAUUCCCAGGGUGUUCCUGGGUGUAAAAGCGGAGGCGUGGAAGGAAAAGCCGGGACAGAGAAACCGCAGCAGGUUUCAUGA